CCCACCCUGCACCUGUCCCCUCUUCCACCCACCCUCAGUCGCCAGCCUGCAGACUUAGGGGUGGACACAGGACUUGGUCCUCGGUCCUCUGGGCAAGAUGGAGGGCCCUGCGCUAACGCUGGGGCUGCUGGCCGCCCUGGUGAUGAGCGGCAGCUGGGCCCUGAACGAGGAGGAGCGGCUGAUCCGACACCUGUUUGAGGAGAGAGGCUACAACAAGGAGCUGCGGCCUGUGGCCCACAAGGAGGACAGCGUGGACAUCACGCUGGCUCUCACCCUCUCCAACCUCAUCUCCCUGAAAGAAGUCGAGGAGACACUGACCACCAACGUCUGGAUGGAGCACGGCUGGAUGGACAGCCGGCUCCAGUGGAACGCCAGCGAGUUUGGGAACAUCAGCGUGCUGCGCCUGCCCUCGGACCUGGUGUGGCUCCCAGAGAUCGUGCUGGAGAACAACAAUGAUGGCUCCUUCCAGAUUUCCUUCUCCUGCAAUGUGCUGGUCUACGACUCCGGUUACGUGUACUGGCUGCCACCUGCCAUCUUCCGCUCUUCCUGUCCCAUCUCAGUCACCUACUUCCCCUUCGACUGGCAGAACUGCUCCCUCAAAUUCAGCUCACUCAAGUACACAGCCAAGGAGAUCACACUGAGCCUGAAGCAGGAGGAGGAAGACGGCCAAGCGUACCUGGUGGAGUGGAUCAUCAUUGACCCCGAGGGCUUCACAGAGAACGGGGAGUGGGAGAUUGUUCACCGGCCAGCCAGGGUCAAUGUGGACCCCAGUGCCCCGCUGGACAGCAGAGGCCACCAGGAUGUCACCUUCUACCUCAUCAUCCGCCGCAAGCCACUCUUCUACAUCGUCAACAUCCUAGUUCCCUGCGUGCUCAUCUCCUUCAUGGUCAACCUGGUGUUUUACCUGCCGGCUGACAGUGGCGAGAAGACGUCAGUGGCCAUCUCGGUGCUGCUGGCCCAGUCUGUCUUCCUGCUGCUCAUCUCCAAGCGGCUGCCUGCCACCUCCAUGGCCAUCCCACUCAUUGGCAAGUUCCUGCUCUUCGGCAUGGUGCUGGUGGCCAUGGUCGUGGUGAUCUGCGUCAUCGUGCUCAACAUCCACUUCCGGACACCCAGCACCCACAUGCUGUCUGAGGGGGUCAAGAAGGUCUUCCUGGAGACACUGCCUGCGCUGCUGCACAUGUCCCGGCCAGCAGAGGAGGGCCCCAGCCCUGGGGCCUUGGUCCGGAGAAGCAGCUCCCUGGGCUACAUCUCCAAGGCGGAGGAGUAUUUCUCCCUCAAGUCCCGCAGCGACCUCAUGUUUGAGAAGCAGUCGGAGCGGCACGGGCUGGCCCGGCGCCUUACCACCGCACGCCAGCCCCCGGCCAGCUCUGAGCAGGCCCAGCAGGAGCUCUUCAAUGAGCUGAAGCCGGCUGUGGAUGGGGCCAACUUCAUCGUCAACCACAUGAGGGAUCAGAACAAUUAUAAUGACGAGAAGGACAGCUGGAAUCAGGUGGCCCGUACGGUGGACCGCCUCUGCCUGUUCGUGGUGACGCCCAUCAUGGUAGUGGGCACGGCCUGGAUCUUUCUGCAGGGCGUUUACAACCAGCCCCCACCCCAGCCUUUCCCCGGGGACCCCUUCUCCUACAACGAGCGAGACCGGCGCUUCAUUUAGCCUGGGAGAGCAUCUCUGCGGGGGAGGCUGGCACCCGCCCCUGAGCUGGGGGACACAUGCCUGUCAUCCCAGCCCUUGGAAGGCUGAGGCGGGAGGGUCGCUGUGAGUUCACGGCCAGCCUGAACUACACGAUGAGAUCCUGUCUCAAAACAGAGGAAGAGACCGCGGCUCCUGUCACUCAUCAUCACUCACGUCAACUGGAUUCUGACGCUUGGGGAAGCUGGGGCACACAGCGAGGGGCCAAGCCUUCUCAGUAACCACAUGUGUGAAUGUGGAGGUGACCCUGCCCCAAAGGGCCCCACGAGGGUCACAGCCCUACAGAAGUCCCAAAGCUAGAACCGCACAGUGCAGCUGCUCCUGCACUCCAGCCCCUCAGGAACUGUGUGACAGAAUAAAGGCUCUGUUUUAGUGAUGGGUUUGGGGUGACUUGCUACACCACGGAGGACGUUGGGUGAGCCCCAGCCCAUCAUCUCUUA